CCACCACCCUAAUCAGUCAGCAUCUAUCAACUCUGAGGCAAGACCAGCAAAAAGAUUAUGACUCAUUGAUAACUCAGAAAAUGGUUUGAGUUAAUUUCGAAUGAGAUUGUUUUUGCAACGAGAUGUUAAUAAGACAAAAUCUAGACUAAAUGUGUUAAAUGGGCUUGCCAACAAUAUGGAUGAUUUGAAGAUAAACACCGAUAUUACUGGUGCUAAAGAAGAACUCCUAGAUAACAACAGUUUUAUCUCAGACAAAGAGAGUGGAGUUCAUAAACCAAAAGAUUGUCAGACAUCAUUUCAGAAAAAUAAUACACUCACUCUGCCUGAAGAACUGUCAAAGGACAAAUCUGAAAAAGCCUUAAGUGGAGGCCAGUCUACUCUAUUUAUACAUGCUGGUGCUCCUACUGUUUCUAGUGAAAACUUUAUCUUGCCUAAAGGAGCUGCUGUUAAUGGACCAGUUUCACACUCCUCCUUAGCUAAGACUUCCAGUAUGAAUAAAGGCAGUGUUUCAUUAACCACUGGACAACCUGUGGAUCAGCCAACAACAGAAUCUUGUUCAGCUUUGAAGGUGGCACCUGAUCUUCAGCUAUCUACACCACAGAAAGCAAAUCAACACCAAGUUUUAUUUUUGUUAUCAGAUGUAGCACAUGCUAAGAAUCCAACCCAUUCCAUUAAAAAACUACCUACCUCUGCUUCCGUUGGUUGUGACAUUCAGAAUUCAGUAGGGAGUAGUAUAAAGUCAGAUAGCACUUUAAUAAACCAAGUAGAGGUGGGUGAGGAUAGUGAUGAUUUAUUGGUAAAAGAUGAUUGUGUCGAUACAUUAACAGGAAUCUCCUCAGGUACAGAUGAAUUUAGGUCAGAAAAUGAGACAAACUGGGAUCCCCAAAAAGAGUUCAUUCAGUUUCUUAUGACUAAUGAAGACACAGCGGAUAAAGCUCCAGUUCACUCCAAAGUAGGUCUAGAAAAAAAGAGAAAGCGGAAAAUGGAUGUAAGCAAGAUAACUCGUUACACUGAAGAUUGCUUUAGUGAUUCAAAUUGUGUACCCAAUAAGUCAAAAAUGCUAGAAGUAGACUUUCUAGAACAGAAUGAAGAACUACAAGCAAUAGACUCACAGAAAUAUGCAUUAUCAAAAGUGAAGCCUGAAUCAACUGAUGAAGACUUGGAAUCUGUGGAUGCUUUUCAGCAUCUAAUUUAUAACCCAGAUAAGUGUGGCGAAGACAGUUCACCCGUUCAUACUAGCACUUUUCUUUCUAAUACCUUAAAAAAGAAAUGUGAAGAAAGUGAUUCCGAGUCACCUGCUACUUUCAGCACCGAAGAGCCAUCAUUUUACCCCUGUACAAAGUGCAAUGUGAAUUUUAGGGAGAAGAAGCACCUCCACAGGCAUAUGAUGUAUCAUUUAGAUGGGAAUAGCCACUUUCGUCAUCUUAAUGUCCCAAGGCCAUAUGCUUGUAGAGAAUGUGGACGGACAUUUCGAGAUCGUAACUCACUUCUAAAGCAUAUGAUUAUUCACCAAGAAAGAAGACAGAAGUUGAUGGAGGAAAUUCGCGAAUUGAAAGAACUUCAGGAUGAAGGAAGAAGUGCACGAUUACAGUGCCCUCAGUGUGUGUUUGGUACCAAUUGCCCUAAAACAUUUGUGCAGCAUGCUAAAACCCAUGAAAAAGAUAAAAGGUACUACUGCUGUGAAGAGUGUAACUUCAUGGCAGUGACAGAAAAUGAAUUAGAAUGCCAUCGAGGCAUUGCCCAUGGAGCGGUGGUAAAAUGCCCUAUUGUCAGUUCUGAUAUAGCCCAGAGAAAAACGCAAAAAAAGACUUUCAUGAAAGACUCUGUUAUAGGAUCAUCCAAAAAAUCAGCUACCUACAUAUGUAAGAUGUGUCCUUUUACGACUUCAGCCAGAAGUAUUUUAAAAAAACACAUGGAGUACUUGCAUUCAUCAUCAUGUGUUGAUUCAUAUGGUAGUCCACUUGGACUUGAUAAAAGAAAAAGUGACAUUCUUGAAGAACCUAUAGAUAUUGAUAGCACUAAACCUUUAAUUAAACAACAGUCAACCACAUUUCCAAAGAACUCUGCUUUAAAACAAGAUGUAAAGCGAACAUUUGGAUCAUCCUCACAAUCAGGUAAUUUUUCCAAAUUCCAUAAGCGGCCACACAGAGUACAAAAAGCUCGGAAAAGCAUUGCCCAGUCAGGUGUAAAUGUGUGCAAUCAAAACAAUUCUCACAAGACUGUUAUGAUUAAAAGCAGCACUGACCAAAAACCUAGGUAUUUCCAUCAAGCAGCAAAAGAAAAAUCUAAUGCCAAGGCGAAUAGCAACUAUUUAUAUAGACACAAAUAUGAAAACUACAGAAUGAUCAAAAAAUCAGGUGAAUCAUAUCCUCUACAUUUCAAAAAAGAAGAAGCCAGUUCACUAAACUCUUUACAUCUGUUCUCAUCAUCAAGUAAUUCUCACAACAAUAGUUUUAUUUCAGACCCUCAAAACUCUGACACGAAAAGGCCAGAAAGCUUCAGAGAACACAGGCGUGUAGCUGUAAAGAGAGUAGUUAAGGAAUCCAAGAAGGAAAGUUCUGUUGGAGGAGAAGACUUGGAUAGCUAUCCAGAUUUCUUGCAUAAAAUGACUGUUGUUGUUUUGCAAAAACUUAAUUCUGCUGAAAAGAAAGAUAGCUAUGAAACAGAAGAUGAAAGUUCCUGGGAUAAUGUUGAGCUAGGUGACUACACUACACAGGCCAUAGAAGAUGAAACCUAUAAUGAUAUUAAUCAAGAACAUGUAAACUUAUUCCCGCUUUUUAAAAGCAAGGUAGAAGGUCAAGAGCCUGGAGAAAAUGCUACUCUUAGUUAUGACCAGAAUGAUGGCUUUUAUUUUGAAUAUUAUGAAGAUGCUGGAACUAAUAACUUUUUGCAUGAGAUACAUGAUCCUCAGCAUUUAGAAAAUGCAGAAACUUCAUUGUCAAAGCAUAGUUCUGUUUUUCACUGGACUGAUCUGUCUCUUGAGAAGAAAUCAUGUCCUUACUGCCCAGCAACAUUUGAAACAGGUGUUGGGUUAUCAAAUCAUGUUCGAGGACAUCUUCACAGAGCUGGAUUAAGUUAUGAAGCCCGUCAUGUUGUAUCACCGGAACAAAUAGCCACAAGCGACAAAAUGCAGCAUUUCAAAAGAACUGGCACAGGGACACCUGUUAAGCGAGUUAGAAAAGCUAUAGAGAAGUCUGAAACCACUUCUGAACACACUUGUCAGCUCUGUGGUGGUUGGUUUGAUACUAAAAUUGGAUUAUCGAAUCAUGUUAGAGGCCAUCUGAAAAGACUUGGAAAGACCAAAUGGGAUGCUCAUAAAUCUCCAAUCUGUGUUUUGAAUGAAAUGAUGCAAAAUGAAGAAAAAUAUGAAAAAAUCUUAAAAGCAUUGAACAGUCGUCGUAUUAUUCCCAGACCAUUUGUAGCUCAAAAACUUGCAUCAAGUGAUGACUUUCUAUCUCAAAAUGUUAUACCUCUUGAAGCAUACCGUAAUGGCCUAAAGACUGAAGCUUUAUCAGUGUCUGCAUCAGAAGAGGAAGGGCUGAGUUUCUUAAAUGAAUAUGAUGAAACAAAACCAGAACUGCCCAGUGGAAAAAAGAAUCAGUCUCUUACACUGAUAGAACUGCUUAAAAAUAAAAGGAUGGGAGAAGAAAGGAAUUCUGCUAUUUCUCCUCAAAAAAUUCAUAAUCAAACUGCAAGAAAGAGAUUUGUUCAGAAGUGUGUUCUUCCAUUAAGUGAAGACAGUCCGUUGAUGUAUCAGCCACAAAGAAUGGACUUGACUAUGCACUCAGGUAUGCCUGUGAAGCUUAGAACAUGUGUGCAUUGCAAUACGACGUUUACAAGUGCUGUUAGCCUGUCCAACCACUUACGCGCUUAUGCACGAAAGAAGAGUGCUGGACUUUUGACUGGUACAGCCUUAGACUGUAAGCAAAAGAAAUCAAGGUCAAGAUCUGGAAGUAAGAAGAAAAUGCUAACGUUACCUCAUGGUGCUGACGAGGUUUACAUUCUCCGAUGCAGGUUUUGUGGCCUAGUCUUUCGUGGACCAUUGUCUGUUCAGGAAGACUGGAUUAAGCACUUACAACGACACAUUGUAAACGCUAAUCUUCCACGGACUGGAGCUGGCAUGGUGGAAGUCACGUCACUACUUAAAAAGCCUGCCUCCAUUACAGAAACUUCAUUUUCUCUACUAAUGGCAGAAGCAGCUUCAUAG